CUGAUACUAGCUGCAGCCCACAGUUGUCUGAACGAGCCUCAGCACCUCAAAGAACAAUGUGUUCAGCAUCUUUUGUUGAAGAAACAUCACAGCAUUAUUCUCCUCGAAAUGUGGGAAGCAUUGCCACAGCUCCGAGAACACUUCAGGUGGUGAAACAUGUCUUUCCCUUGGAGCUCUCCAGCAUGGGCAGUAGAAGUGUUCUUCAAGAGGGCCUCUACGGAUCCACUGUUGUGGAAGUCGGUGCGGGCAGUGAGAAAGUGACCAUGCAGAACCUGAACGAUCGCCUGGCCUCAUAUCUAGAGAAGGUGAGGACCCUGGAACAUGAGAACAGCAAGCUGGAGCUGCAGAUCAGCGAGGUUCUGGAGAAGAGAGGACCUGAACUGCACGACUACAGCCGAUUCGAGGCCAUCGUCACCCAGCUACGCAAAGAGAUUCUUGAGACGACCUUGAGCAACGCAAAUUUGGCCCUCCAGGUGGACAAUAGCGCUCUGUGUAUUGAGGACUUCAAGGCCAAGUUUGAACACGAGCUUCAGAUCCGACAGAGUGUAGAAUCAGACAUCCGUGACCUGAGGAAGAUUCUGGAUGACACUAACGUGCAGCGACUGCACCUGGAGAAUGAUGUCGAGAUGCUGACUGAGCAGCUCAUCUCUCGAAAGAAAAACCAUCAACAGGAUGUGACAGAAUUACAUAAUCAGAUCGCCCAGUCAGGAGUGCAGGUGGACGUUGACGCUCCUAAAGGAGAGGACCUGGCUCGGAUCAUGGAGAAGAUGAGAGCCAAGUAUGAGAAGAUGUCCCUGAAGAACCAGGAGGAGCUGAAAGCCUGGCAUGAAACAAAGAUCAUAGAGGUAGAAGUACAGGUGACCGAGAACACGGCUGCUCUGAAGGAGGCUCAGAACCAAGUGCAGGAGAAGCGCAGAGACAUGCAGUCUCUGGAGAUUGAGCUUCAGACUCAGGCCAGAAUGAAAGCCUCUCUGCUGGGAUCUCUUGAGGAAGCUCAGCUGCGCUGCAACACGGAGGUGGAGCAGUACAAUGUCAUUAUCCUCCAGCUGGAGGCUGAGCUGACAGAGCUGCGCAGUAGCCUCCAGAAGCACAGGCAGGAUUAUUCAAUUCUGCUCAAUCUCAAAGGAGAGCUGGAGGCUGAGAUUGAAACCUACAGAAGACAUUUAGACGGUCAAGAAUAACCUGUAAGCGGGAAGGUGGUCCAUUAGCACAGAAGCAGGACGUUUGAUUGCAAAACAACUCAUUUCUCUAUUACUAACAACAUGUGCACACCUUGGAUAGAUACUGAUCACUGUUCAUCACUAGACACCACUUUAAGGCCCAGUCCCAUUUCUUCAUUUUACUCCUACCCCUUGUUUUUAAGUGUCACCUUGCCCCUCUGAACUGAGCUACAGGGCAGUGGUUGAGAUCUUCCCUCUGAAAUGAGACCCUCUAAUAAAA